AUGAAUGAAUCACCUCAAGCUAUAAAAAAAUUACCUAGAUGCGGGUCCAAUAAUUCACGAUUGAAAAGAUAUGCUCUUGAAGGAAGCAUGUGGAACAAGACAGAUUUAACUUAUAGAAUAUCAAAAUAUUCAUCAAAACUUAGUAUAAAUGAUGUGGAGUACGAAUUAGAUAGGGCAUUUGCUGUUUGGUCCGAAUAUACAGAUCUGACAUUUAAGCAAAUAAGAAUUGGCCCGGUCAACAUUGAGAUCAGAUUCGAGGAGGGAGAUCAUGGUGAUGGCGCUCCUUUCGACGGUCCUGGAGCAACCCUGGCUCACUCCUACUUUCCAAAAUUUGGAGGUGGUAUUCACUUUGAUGAUUCUGAAAGUUGGACCGUAAACACAUACAGCGGGUACAAUUUCUUUCAAGUAGCGGUCCACCAAAUCGGGCAUAAUUUAGGUUUAAUUCACUCGGAUGUAAAAGAAGCUGUAAUGUAUCCGUUUUAUCAAGCUUAUCAACCUUAUUUCAAGUUACAUUCGGACGAUAUCAAUGGCAUACAAAGACUAUAUGGGAAGAAAACAAUCGGGACCACUACGCUUCAGGCCGCCAAAAACAACGAUGAAGAAAUAUCGUCGAAUACUUCUUCCGAAGAACAAUCUGCAGAUACAACGCCUUUGAAUACUAAUCGAAGAGAAAUAUAUUCAACCGAUUUUUCACACUCUGUCAAUAAAGUCGAGAAAGAAACUCCAUCGAAUACUACUGAUUUGAAAGCUUUUUCUUCAGCAAAAUAUUUUUGUAAGAGAAAAGAAAAAUCUUAUGGCAUGAUAAACAUAUCCGCACCAAAAAUGCCUUUACCGGUACCGGAAAGUCAUCCGUUAACGAACUAUCGUAGUCCUUCGCCAGAACAUGUUUAUGAAACCGUUAUAUAUCCAAGCACACGCGAUUAUCAAAAUGCAAGGCACAACAAAUUAACAACAAGCACCUCAGAUUAUUUUCGCGGAUAUGAAAAACCACGUAUGUUUCCAGUUUAG